GCGGUGAUCUAUUCUUUGCUUUUAGGGACCAUAGGUGCCGUAGGCCCCAUGCUUGUCAUGUAGUCCAUGGCAAGCCAGGGUCGUGCAGUGCUGCCAGUGCUGUGUCGCCACUCCAGAACCCACGAUCAGAGAACGCUGUGUCCUGCGCACUCUCUGUGGUGGAGGAGCCACUACCCCGCUGGCAUGGAUAACGUCACCCACCAAACGAACCGAAUCAAAGCAGGGCGAAAACCGCUUUGCUUCCGAUGCUUAUGAGUGUACGAAACACUGAGUGUCGUGGAAGUAAUGGCGAAGUGCUAGGUGCGGGAACCGCGGGUGAUAUAUCGAAGCUGUCAUCGUUGUGCAACAGAACGCGACUAUGGACAAGUUGACAGUGAUCUCUGGCACUCUGUUCUUCCUUGCCAACAUUUUUGCCAUCUUGAGUCUGGUGCUCCCUGACUGGAUAGUCUCCGACGUUGGUGGGGACAUGCGGCUUGGGCUGCUACAGACGUGCACCACGCUACAGGGCCGGCCACCGACCUGCUUUCCUCCACGUUUGCAGCCAGAGUGGCUGCUGGCUCUUGUUUGCAUAGUGUUGGGCUGUGUGUGCAUCACUGCAACCACAGUGUUGCUUGGGCUGUCACGGUGGAAUGGUCGUAUUGUGCCAUAUGCACGGUGGAUGGGUUUCUCUGCAAUGCUGCUGUUCUGCCUGGCCGCUGUGAUCUUUCCGGUGGGCUUCAGCAUGGAUGAAAUCGGGGGCGAGCCUUACCAGCUGCCUAGCAGUCACCAAGUGGGUCUCUCCUACAUCUUCUUUGUGCUCGCACUGUGGAUCACCGUCAUCUCCGAGCUAUUUGCUGGCAAAGUCUGCAUGCCUCAUUUCUAAGCAGCCGAGCUCAGGAGCCUUGAAUCGCAUCAGCCAUAUCAAUGCAGUCUUCACCCUGGGUGUAUUUGCUCUGUUACAAGCUUUACACAAAACAAAAUAAAGGCGUCAUUAAACAUUG